CCCGCAAGCCAAAGGAGUGGGUCCAAAGCUGCAGUAGCAGCGUUGAAUCAAGAAUGUUCAAAAAUUGGCGUAGAUAUGUUAUCAAAAAAUGGAUCAGCAGUCGAUGCUGCAGUGGCUACACUUUUGUGCGCUAAUGUAGUAUCUUUCCAUAGUUUGAGCCUCGGUGGUGGACUUAUGAUGACAAUUUGGAAUGCUACUACAAAGUCUGCAUAUUUUUUGAACGCCAGGGAAAUGGCAUCACGCCACGCCAAAUAUGAUAUGUUUAAAGGAAAUGAGAGCUUAGCUCAAAAAGGUGGUUUAGCUGUAGCUGUACCUGGUCAACUUCUAGGAUUAUGGACAGCGCAUAGACGAUUUGGAAAACUAGAUUGGCAAGAACUUUUUCAACCGGCCAUUUCGUUAUGCAAAAGGGGAUUCAAGAUGUCCCAGUAUUUAUCAGAAAUCGCGAGGGAUUUCGAGGAAGACAUAAGAGCGGAGCCUACUUUGGCAGAAAUACUUCUUAAUCCAAAAACUAAUGAUCUUUACAAGAUAGGAGAUACAAUAAGAAGAACAGUAUUGGCUAUGACUCUAGAAAAAUUAUCCGCUUCUGAUGGUUCUGGCGUUAAUGAAUUUUAUAAUGGUUCGAUUGCUAAAAAUUUGGCGCGAGAAAUCAAAGACUAUAACGGCAUCAUAGAUGAGAAGGAUUUCAGCAAUUACAAAGUUGCAUGGAAAAAUCCAAUUAAGGUAAAGUUUGGGAGUAUGACAAUGUACACGUCUCCUCCACCUGGAUCUGGUGCCCUUUUGGCAUUUAUGAUGAACGUAUUAGAAGGAGUUGAUUUCCACCAAGAUGAAACAAUUCUUUAUCAAUAUAUUGUAGAAACAUUCAAAUGGGCCUACGCGAGGCGAACUGAGUUAGGCGAUCCUGAAUUUGAACCGCAAGUCAAUGACUUGGUUGCUAAUGUUACAUGCAAGGAAUAUGCCAAAAGUAUUAGAAAUACUAUAAGAAAAGACUGGACAAGUUAUGAUCCAAAAUUUUAUGGUGCUGUAACAGAGAAUCCUGACAGUCACGGAACGUACCAUACAAGUAUUUUAGCUCCUGAUGGUUCAGCAGUUUCAGUCACUUCAACUAUAAAUGGAUUUUUUGGCGCUGUCUUUCGUUCAAAAUCAACUGGAAUUAUAUUUAAUAAUCAAAUGGAUGACUUUAGUUCUCCAAACAUUACGAAUCAUUAUGGAGUAGCACCUUCACCUGCCAACUUCAUCAAACCUGGAAAAAGGCCAUUAAGUUCAUUUUCUCCAACCAUCGUGGUAGAUGACAACAAUAAGGUCCGUCUGGUGAUUGGAGGAACGGGUGGUACAAAAAUAACCACGGCUGUAGCACUUACCAUGAUAUCAAAUCUCUGGAGGGGACACGAUCUUAAAAAAGCUGUGGGUGCUCCCAGGAUACAUCACCAGUUAUUUCCAAUGAAAGUUCAGAUGGAAGAAGGCUUCUCACCCUCGGUUCUACACUAUUUAGAUUCAAUUGGUCACAAUACAACUAAUUAUUUAGGAAUGGGAAGUACAGUUUCCGCGAUAGCAAAGGAAAAUGGAAUUAUAACAGCCAUUGCAGAUGGACGUCGACAGGGUGGAGCAUCAGGUUUUUGA